GGAGCAGCCAAGUCGGUGAUUCCAACCGUUACAAAGUCAAGGGUAUUUAAACCCGGUUUCUUGGCUCUCAUCUCUCAGGUAGAACACACUCCUACUUGGGCUUUCCAUACCAGACCGUAGACUUGGCCUGCGCCUGACAUCUACAGCCAUGUUUCGCCAAACUGCUCUUCUGGCUUUCGCCUUGCUCCCGGCCUUGUCGUCCGCCCAAGUCUCCAACGACUUCGAGAGCGGAUGGGACCAAGCAGCAUGGCCCAUCUACGCGCCAGACUGCAGCCAGGGCGGAAAGGUGUCCCUCGACAGUACCACUGCCCACAGUGGCAAAAACUCUAUCAGGGUUGACGGCGGUGGUGGAUACUGCGGGCACAUUUUCUUUGGCACAAACAAGGUUCCCAGCGGCGACCUUUAUGUUAGGGUCUUCCUGAAAGCGUCCAAGGCCUUCACCGACUCGCAUGUCACCUUCAUCACCAUGCCAGACCCUGCCCAGGGCACCAACAAGCACCUGCGCAUUGGCGGACAAAGCAAGAUCCUGAUGUACAACCGCGAGUCGGACGACGCCACGCUGCCUGACCUCUCCCCUCAGGGCAUCGCCAGCUCCAAGGCCCUGCCCACCGGCGACUGGCAAUGCUUCGAGUACCACGUGGGCACCGACGGUACCAUUGAGACAUGGCUGAACGGCGCCGUGGUCUCGGGUCUGACGGCCGGACCGGGCAUCACCAACCCCAACGCCGGCCAGUGGACUCGCAGUUCCAUCAAGCCCAAACCUUCGGGCGUCUACUUCGGCUGGGAGUCUUACGGCGGCGACACCAACACCUUCUGGUACGACGACGUCGUCAUCAGCUCGUCGCGUGUCGGAUGCUCCGGCGGCGGCACGCCGGGCACGACGACGACUACGGGCCCGGCCCCAUCGACCACCCUGAUCACGUCCACCACCUCGAAGGCCAGCACCACCACCACCACCAGCUCUGCGCCGGCCACCUCGAGCUCGAGCAGCGGCUGCACUGUUCCACAAUGGGCCCAGUGUGGCGGUGCCAACUACAACGGCUGCAAGACAUGUGCUGCUCCUUACACCUGCAAGUACAGCAAUGAUUGGUACUCGCAGUGCCUGUAGGGGCUAGCUAGCGGGUAGUUAGGUGUUUGUCGCUCACUAUACAUAUGCUCCGGCUCCAGGCACUUGUCGAUACUUUCGUCAACUCAAUUGACAUUGAUCAUUGCGUUCCUAACAUCGCCCUUCACCAAAAAUGCUGCUGUGAAUACAACUACCAUUCACUGUUUGUUUGUCUCGUUAUGGUACUUGAGGCCGAUCU